AUGGCUGCUGAUACGGGUCGUCAUACUGAUAUGUGGAAUACCCCUGCGAAGGAUAUGGUUGUGGCUGCACAAAGGGUUAAAGAAAUGGCCGGUGAAACCGGGAAAGAAUCAACAUCUCGUGUAACUGAGGAGAGGAAAGCUACCAUUUCCGAGGAAGUCGGAAAAGCCUUAGAAGCUAGUCUACCGCAGUUCAUCGAUAGACUACAAACCGCGCUCUUAUCGGUAAUAGACGAUAAGAUGAAUGAAAAGAAAGACACGGCGACAUUGAAGGGGUAUUCAAAAGGACCCAUUAUGAUGUACCGAACCGGUCAGUUAAGAGGUCAAGCUAAGGAUUGGUGGGAUAAUCUAAAAAAGAAACAAGGAAUUGAAGCCACGAGAACUAUGACGUGGGAAGAAUUCAAAACUCCGUUCCUUAGACACUAUAGCCCGAAAGCUGUAAUCAAUAGGAUGAAAGAAGAGUUUAUUCAGCUAAGGCAUAGUGGUGAGUCGAUAGAGAAGAUUACGGGAAUCUUUCUAGAUAAGCUCAGGUUUUGUGAUGAGCUGGUUCAGAAUGAAGAACAAAAAAUCUAUUAUUACUACAACAUGUUGAGUGCGGAGUAUAGGGAGUUCAUGACUCCUUCAAAAUAUGUGCAUCUUACUGAAAUAGUGAAUGCCGCACGUGAAAGAGAGAUUGAGUUGAAAAAGCAGGUUGAUAGGGGUGAGAGGAGAGCAUUUGAGAAAAAUCCAAUCCCCGCAAAGAAACAAAUGCUAAAUGAAGCUCCUAAGAAAGGCGCUGAAAAAGGGGGAACACCUCAAUGCAAAAUUUAUGGAAAGAAUCAUAAGGGCGAAUGCUAUUUUAAAAACAAACCAUGUCCUACUUGCGGCAAAGUGGGACAUGUGGUUGCAAAUUGCCCAGGAAAGGUGUCGGUAUGCUAUAAAUGUUACAAACCGGGACACAAAAAGUCUGAGUGCCCGGAGUUAGUUGGAACCAAAGAUGCCACUGAUGCAAAGCCUGAUGCCCAGAAAGCAAAGGCUAGAUCUUUCCACAUGACGGCCAAUGAAGCUAAAACUGAACCUGAUGUUGUUUCAGGUAUAUUUCUUGUAAAUUCGAUUCCAACAUGA